GCCAACGGAUGCAGCUGGCUAGCCGGUCAUGUGCACAACGUGACCCCCGUAUCGCCGGCGACGGCGUUGUCAAUGUUUUCCGCUUGUUUCCAUCAAUAGUGUGACCCGCGCGACUUGGUGCCGGCUGCAAAAGCGGCCUUGGCGGUGUAGGGGUGUAGUCUGGAGCGUUCAGCUUAAGCACUUGACGCGAUCGGAGUUCAAGCGUGCAGGCGCUUCGACAGCCACCCUAGCUUCGAGACGGUACGCCCUGAUAACUUUUUCUGCGGAACCCAUUGGAAAGUACUCUAAGGUGCGCGCUCGAAGUGAAACAACGCCUCGUUACGUUAACUAUGGCUGGUGCCAACAUCGACAAUCUGUCUGCUGUUCUUUACAAGAAGGACGAUCUCCGAUUGGAACAACGACCCAUACCAGAGCCUGGCGAUAACGAUGUCCAAAUAAAGGUGCAUUCAGUCGGUAUCUGCGGCUCAGACGUGCACUACUGGACUCGCGGAGCCAUCGGCAACUUCAUUGUUCGUGAGCCAAUGGUCCUUGGCCAUGAAAGCAGUGGUACCGUGGUAAAAACUGGCAAGAAUGUCAAGCACUUAAAACCAGGUGAUCGUGUGGCGAUCGAACCUGGGGUGCCAUGUCGUUACUGCAACUUCUGCAAGGAAGGCCGAUACAAUUUGUGUCCCGAUGUCGUCUUCUGCGCCACACCACCAUAUCACGGGACGCUCACUCGGUUCUACACACAUGCUGCUGACUUCUGCUACAAGUUGCCUGAGCACGUGUCUUUUGAUGAAGCCGCUUUGUUGGAGCCGCUGUCAGUGGCAGUUCAUGCCUGUCGCAGAGCAAGGCUUCAAAUUGGCCAGACAUUGCUGAUAUGUGGUGCAGGUCCCAUUGGACUCGUGUGCCUGCUCACAGCAAAAGCCAUGGGAGCCAGCCGUGUCGUCAUGACUGACAUCAUAAGCAGCAGACUUGAGGUGGCAAAAUCACUUGGCGCCAACUUCGUCAUCAGCGUUGCUUCAAAGUCGGCGCAGGACACCAAGCAAGAAAUCCUCCACGCAAUCGGCGACCUGCCCGAGGUCACCAUUGAAUGCACUGGUGCCGAGUCAUCCACCCAGCUUGGUAUGGUGGCCACUAAAUCUGGAGGCACUCUGGUUCUUGUUGGCAUGGGGCCAAAUGAAGUAAAGGUGCCCUUGGUGGAUGCUGCCUGCCGUGAAAUUGACAUCCGUGGAAUCUUUCGUUACGCAAACUGUUACCCCACGGCACUCGCCAUGGUCGCUUCGGGCAAAGUGAACGUCAAGCCUCUGGUAACUCAUCACUUCAAACUUGCAUCUGCGGUUGAAGCCUUCCAGACAGCCAAGACGGGUGCUGGCGGGGCCAUCAAAGUGGUGAUUGACUGCAGCUCCUAAUGACAUCCUCAUCUGACUGCAGUUCUGACGGAACUUCUUUCCAUGUCGAGCUCCUUACGUUCAUAUUGGCGGCACAGCGUAAACUGCAGGCUUUUGGUUUUUCUGCAGCACUUGUGAGCACCACUCACAUGCAUUUACUUAGAUAUCGAAGACAUUAGCAAUGUUUAAAAACAGGCAGAGUACUUUACAGUUGAUGGCUACAACCAGAGGGCAUUGCUUUCUCAAAGUCUUUCGGACAGCCAAGACUGAUGCUGGUUGGGCCAUCAGAGUGGUGAUUGACUGCAGCUCAUAAAUGUCAUUUAGCUGCAAUUCUGAUGGGACUUCUUUCCAGUAUCGAGGUCCUUACUUUUGUAUCGGCACAACCUGUGAACACUAGCCACGUCUGUUUAUGCAGAUAACCGAGAUGUUAGUGAUAUUAAAAAGAGGCUGCAUACUUAAGAGAUGAUGGCCACAACAAAACAGUAUUGUUUUCACAGAAUGUACAGUUGGCUAUAAAAGCUUUGAGACACAGGGUCGCCGAAGAACCCAAAUUUUAGCGAAAACUUGCACUCAAAACUGCUGUCUACUCCAGUAUGUGCUUCCCCAGCAGUGAUCCAUUUUUCUGCUGGCUGCAGACCAAACAGUAAUUCAGUUUUGUUGCAAAAUGGACAUCAUGUAAACUUAUGACAAUAGCAGUUGGCCAUUAUGAUGGCCCAUAGUAGUAGCCCCCAAGGAAUGAACUCUAUUUUUUAUAUACAAUUUCCAUUGCACUAUCAACACAUAACAUUGUCGAAGCAAGCACUGUGUUCAGUAACAUAUAGUGUCAAUGCCCAAAUAGCAUAUUUUCCGAGUUUUUCUGGCAACACAACCUGUGAAUACUAGCCACGUCUGUUUAUGCAGAUAACCGAGAUGUUAGUGAUAUUAAAAAGAGGCUGCAUACUUAAGAGAUGAUGGCCACGACAAAACAGUAUUGUUUUCACAGAAUGUACAGCUGGCUAUAAAAGCUUUGAGACACGGGGUCGCCGAAGAACCCGAAUUUUAGCGAAGACUUGCACUCAAAACUGCUGUCUACUCCAGUAUGUGCUUCCCCAGCAGUGAUCCAUUUUUCUACUGGCUGCAAACCAAACAGUAAUUCAGGUUUGUUGCAAAAUGGACAUCAUGUAAACUCAUGACAAUAGCAUUUGGCCAUUAUGAUGGCCCGUAGUAGUAGCCCCCAAGGAAUGAACUCUAUUUUUUAUGUACAAUUUCCAUUGCACUAUCAACACAUAACAUUGUUGAAGCAAGCACUGUGUUCAGUAACAUAUAAUGUCAAUGCCCAAAUAGCAUAUUUUCUGAGUUUUUCUGGCAACAAGAACAAAGCAUGGCAUUGACGCCGAUAGAAGCAAGCACUCACACCUUGGUGGUGAUUUGUACUUUGUAUUUGUCUGUUGCUACUGAAGAAUAUAACACUUGGCUACUAUCGGAGGGGCCAACUUAAAUGCCAUAAAUACUUUUUGAGUAUGGUAAAUAGCUUUCUUUGAAUGGCACUUAAUAUAUUAUAUAUUACAUGCUACAAAAGGUUUACGCUUACAAAACCACAUGUAGGAAAACGACACCUGUAUGAACAGUUAAAUGCAGCCAUGUUUGCACUUUUGCCAAAUAUACUUUAUAGAGCAGUAUAUUUCUUGUUUACUUCAAGUGUUUUAACACACUCUGCCAUAUAUCUCACUAGAAGUACAUCGUACGUGAUAAAAACACGAUGUCUGUAUGUGAUAAGGGCGUGAUGAAUAAAUACGCACACUCAAUUUGCA